AUGAGCACAGAAAUUAAUAGUGCUUUCAGAGUGUUUUGGAAAUCAAGGGAAUGGAAUGUGAGAAAAUCAACACAUGAUUCAGAUCAGGAGAUCCCACUUUCCCUGAGAAGGAGGUACUUUAGAAGGAAGAAAACGAGAUUAUCAAGAUACUCAAAAUACUCUGAAGACCAUGAGAAGCCGCAGUCCUGUGAUCAAAUGAUUACAUUUCCCUGUUCCAUAUGUAAGCAUGAAAUUGACCUACGUGAAACUUUCCUCCAUAAAAAGCAACAUAUGGCUCUGGCCACCCUGGAGUUUCAAUGGAUGGGUGAAAAGAAACCAGCACUGCCAGUAAUUACCAUUCAGAGACAGUUUAUAAUCACUAAACUAUUGUCAUCUUCUUUAUUCACUGAAAAAAUCCUAGAGAGCAUUAAUUAUGCUUUUGAGCUACUUUGGCAGAAACAAAUACCAGCAUACUAUAAGAUGAUUGAUAACGUUCACAGGAGUUCCAUAUAUUCUCAAACAAUCUCUCAUGUAUUGAUUAAAGGUGUAGCCAUUUGUGAAGAUGGAAAUUCUGCAUGGAAAGCUGACAUGAACGAUAAAUUCACUGUGGUGGAUAAUUUUGGCAAAAAACCUGAUGUGUGUUUUUUUGGUUUAUUUGAUGGACAUCAUGGUGCCUCAGCGGCAAACCUGACAUCAGUGGAACUCCCAGUUUUAUUUCUCCAUCAGCUUUCCAGAUUUGAUCCUUCCUACCAUAUGACUUCUGAAGAGCAAAAUGUAAUCAAAUCCUUUCUCACAGUAUUUAGGGAAGAAUACAUAGCCAAAGAAGAACUUUUUUCCUCCAUAAAGAAAAGGAGAAAAACAGGGAAAUGUGAGUAUGAGAACAUACACAAAGCCUUUGCAAAAGCAUUUUGGAGAAUGGACAGGCUUUUACGUCUUGGAAGAAAUGAAGUGUCCAGGGUUCGAUGGAGUGGCUGUUCUGCAGUUACUUGUAUAUUGGAAGGCAAUAUUAAAACACCCUAUACUAAGAAGAAUUGGAGAAUCAGUAAUGAUGAUGGCUUGCCAAAGAAUUCCCCUUCCCAGGUGAUGCCACAAAUAAUUUCUGGAGUACUUCAUGUUGCAAACACAGGUAAUGUACAAGCAGUCUUAUGCAGAAAUGGAAAAGGUUUUUGCAUAACCAAAGAACACACUACGAGAAACAUAACCGAAAGAAGAAGAUUACUUAAGAAUGGAGCAAUAAUUAGUUCAAAUGAACCAUAUGGGCUCCUAGAAGGGCAAAUAAAAACCACACGAGGACUUGGAUUUCAUGGAAAUCUCAAACUGAAAAAAUCCAUUAUCCCAGCACCUCAAACUAUCUCUGUCCCUAUAGAUGACUUAUGCCAAUUCCUUAUCUUAGCUACUAAUGGACUCUGGGAAGUUUUGGAUACAAAGGAAGUCACUGCACUGGCAAUGACAAUGUUUCAAGUAUAUAAAGACACCUACUAUUCUAUCACACAAAAUCAAUCUUUACCAUCCAAAGAGCCUUUCCUAAUCAAUGAACUAAGCAAUACUAAAUCAGAAAGUAAUAUCCGUAUAUUGUUUCAGUAUAAAUCUGAAUCUACAGAAUGUGUGCCAAAUAUAAAUACAAAAGAAAAUUUGUUUGAUUCAAAAUAUUCUAACCCUAAAAAUGCACACACAUUUCCAACAGAAAUGACUAAUCAUCAUCUAUACAGUGAGAAAGAAAGAAAUGGACCAACCAGUGUAGAUGUGUCAAAAAAUUCAAGUGAAAAAGAAUCAUGCAUUAAAAAUUUCUAUGAAGGUGCAGCCAAGUAUAUUAGCCAUGAACUUGUAAGUGCGGCUUUAGCGGCUGGAUCCAGAGACAACAUUACAGUCAUGGUAAUACUUCUCAAGGGAAGUGAGUAUCAGUUUCUGACAUAAAAAGAUAAAUUUCUGAUUAUCGAAGAGUACAAAAAUGUAAAGACAGUUCUUCAAAGAACCAGCUAUUAGGAU